AGAAGCCUAAUCUCAUAAUGCGAAUGUGCGUCCUGGGUAGCCACAUGUAUGUGAUAGUUUUGAUCACGAUGCCACUCAUAAUACCAAACAGUUCUCGGCGUGACCGCGGCUCGGUCAUGGCAGAACAACCGCAAAACAAUACCGUUGAUGAAUACGCAGACGACGAUGAUCGCUUCUGCAAAAACGUGGAUAUUCGAAACAAUCUGGAACGGCUGCGUUUGAUAAAAAAUUGUACCGUUAUUACCGGCUUUCUACAGUUAGUUUUGAUUGAACGAGUCCCGCAGCAGGAGUUUGCCAAGUUUCAAUUUCCAAAUCUGAGAGAGGUCACAGGAUUCGUGCUAUUCUUUCGUGUUUUCAAUCUGAUUUCGCUGCGAGAUCUAUUCCCAAACCUGAUGAUGAUUCGCGGCCAGGAGCUGAUCGGAAACUAUGCACUGAUUUUCUACGAUUUGCCCCAACUGCAGGAGAUCGGACUGAAGAGCUUGCUUGCUAUUCAGCGGGGCUUCGUUUACACGCAGUACUGUCCUCAGCUGUGCCACACCGAUACGAUAGAUUGGGCUAGCAUAACACACAUGACGAACAAAACCCGUGAUCAGAAUCGCUUCGAUAAACCGGCAGCCGUGUGCAACAAGGCGGAAGUGUGCCGGGGCUGUCCGCGAAAGUUUUGCUGGGGCAGCCAAAGCUGUCAAAAGUUUCACACUGGCUAUGACUUUACAGGUUCAAUCAAAUGCGACGCGCAAUGCAUUGGUGGAUGCACCAGCAAGAAGGACACCGGUUGCCGAGUCUGUCGCGGUCCGAAGGAUGGCAGGCGUUGCGUAGAAAAGUGCCUUUCAGGAAAAGUUCUAUUUCACGAAACGCAACGGUGCAUCAGUAAGCAAAAGUGCGUUUCCCGCGGUGGGCUGGAGUACAACGGGGAAUGCGUCGCCGAGUGUCCCGCGGGUUACAGUGCAACCAACGUCAACCGGGUGGAUGCGGAUUUCUCCAAUCACACCUGCUACCCUUGCAGGGAUCGAUGUCCGAAGAUUUGCGAAGGCAUGCAGGUAAUGCAUCUGGUUGAUGCGGAGCGGCUGGAGGGAUGCACGAUCAUCAACGGAACACUGCAGAUACGAAUGGUCGAGGAUCAUCCGAAUUUGAUGGGUGAGCUAAGGAACAUGCUCGGUCGAAUUGAGGAAAUCAUGGGCUAUCUGAAGGUUUACCGUUCGAAUGCUCUGCCGUCGUUGGAGUUUUUCGAAAAUCUUGAAACUAUUCACGGACAGCUGGAAUUGGGACACAGUAAUUAUUCGCUUAUGGUUUACGAGAAUUCCAAUCUGCAACGCCUGUGGAAUUACGAAUACAAAACGUCGUUAAAGCUACUGAGCGGUAGUAUGUAUUUUGUGUACAAUCCGUUGCUCUGUGUUUCCCAAAUCGAACUUUUGAAAAAGAUCACAGUGUAUAAUAAUACGAACGAUUUAAUUAACGUUGAUUCCAAUGGGUUUAUGCAAUCCUGUAAUGUAGUUAGUAUAACAGUCAAAUCUGAAGUUCUAUCAAGUAGGAACGCAACGAUUUAUUGGACGAAGUACAAUACGGCUCCUCUGCAGCAGUUAGUGGGGUAUGUUAUUUAUUUUACCCCGUCGCUGAAGGAACGUUCCCCUUAUGAUGGUCGGGACGUUUGCUCGGAGUAUAGUUGGCAAUCGAAACUGGUCCGUUUAAGGGAAACGAAAGUUGUAGGAAAUUUACUGUCCUACAACCUGACAGGUUUGAAACCUCUCACUCGAUACGCGUACUACAUCAAAACUUAUAUAGCAGAUAACAGCCACAACAUCACCGAACGUAGAAUUGGAAAAUCGGACGUGCACUAUUUCACGACGAAAAUAGCCAGACCAACACCUCCACUGAAGGUUUACACAGUUCGUAAAACCGAACAUUCCAUAACAUUUUCCUGGAAGAUUUUGAAAUCGGAAGCCAAUCUCGUUCAACGUUUCCAUGUAGACGUUUUCAUUCAACCGGAUGAUAUUACUCUCCUAGAUCAGCGCAAUUAUUGCAUUCACCCAAUUAGGAGUAUCAGGGAAACUACGGAUAACACAGAUACGUGCACAGCCGAGAUAUGCUGCUCGGAGGACGGAAUACUUCAAGAUGUUCCAGACCUUUCCGAUAUCGAUGAUGAUAUGUUCAUGAGGAAAAAGCGCUCUGUACAUUUAACUCCAGAAGAAAGUACAUCCCAGGAUGAAUUCACUGACGGAUUCCAAGAAAAAAUGUACAGCUUUUUAACUGACUCGUUACCUUCCAAUCUAAUGUUAUCGAAAGGUCGAAGAAAACGUGAAACCGAGAAUCUGAGAAAUCGCAUCUAUUUCCAUAACUUCCACGCCGAUAACAAGGACUUUACUGUUUCGAAUCUAUUACCGUACACCUACUAUACAUUCCAGCUGUUUGCCUGCAGCGCGAAGGACUUCAAUUACUGUAGUCCCUACAGUAUAUAUUCCGAUCGAACGGAACCAUCCCCCACGGCAGGUCAGUUUGAUUUGACGGUUAGCAAGCAACCUAACGGAUCGGUUCAGUUCGAUUGGAACGCCAUAAACGUCGAGUUUCGCGAGCCUGAACUGGCAAACGGUGCUACCGUUGCGUUCAAUGUUGAAAUUAAGUCGUUCAAUAUACCCAUUCCGAUUUUUCGAUAUGAAUGCAUCACCCGAUUGCAACACGAGCGUGCCGGACAUAGUUACACAUUUCGAAACCUAACGGUGGGCGAAUAUGCCGUACGAGCGCAGGCCGUAUCGCUGGCCGGUCCUGGUCCAUUCACCGAUUGGUAUUUCGCCCAGGUGGUACCGCAAGAGGAAUCGCCAGAGGAUCAUUCGCUGCGCAAUGGAUUCGUGACGUUUGCAGUGCUGUUGUGUUUUACGGCGAUCGGAAUUGGCUGCUACUAUUUGUACCACAAGUAUAAGAUGCAUCACGACGACAAGAUACCGCUUGUUGAAAACGAUGAAAAUACUCUGGCGGCUGCGGAUGGGUUUGUCGAUUGUGCACUACGGUGAAGUGCUGGAUUCAAUAGCAGAAUUAGAUUAGUAACAACUCCGU